AUGAAGUUCUCCCACAGCAUCCAGUUCAAUGCUGUCCCGGACUGGAGCAGCCAAUACAUCAACUAUAGCAAUCUCAAGAAGCUCAUAUAUCAGUUAGAGAAGCAGAUCCACCAACGAGCCGGCCCAGAUCCACAAGAUGCCGAGUCCUCGCCCCUCCUCACCGGCACCGUCGACGAUCCGGAUAAGACCUUCUCCAGCGCGCUGGACCACGAGCUGGAGAAAAUCUGCAAUUUUUACAGGGCGAAAGAACAUGAGGUUUACGCAGAGCUGGAAUCGCUGCUGAAAGAAGUCCAAGACUACUUGGAAGAGAACGAUGGCAUGGAUGGCGACGACGACGAUCGCCCGCCGCCUUCGCGCGCGACCAACGGGAGCAAACGCAAGCAGAGCGUGUUCGGUGGCUUCACCAUGGGCGGCAAGCGGCGCCGGAGCACCAUUAGCCAUCGCUCCGCAGCCGAAGAGGACGAGAGCGACGACGAUGCCGACGAGCGCUCCGCCCUGCGCAAGACGCCGUCCAAGAACCGGAGAACGUCCCGCGGCGAAGACCCCAUGUCUACUUCUGGCCUCCUGUCCUCCAACGGCGCCAUGUCUCGGAGGCGCCGCAGCUUGGCCUUUGAUGACGACAACGACAUGUCGUUUGCUGUGCUGUACGACUCGGUCAUCUCGCUCAAGAAACGGACCAUCAGCCUCUACGUCAACAUCUGCGAGCUGCGCUCCUACAUUCAACUGAACAAGACCGGCUUCAGCAAGGUCCUGAAGAAGUACGACAAGAUCAUGGAUCGAAGCUUGAAAUCUAGCUACAUUGAACAAAAUGUGGAUCCUGCAUACCCUUUCCUGCAGCCCACCAUGGACAAGCUGGCCGAAAACCUCUCCAAGAUUGAGCACACUUACGCAAAUCUGUGUAACGGUGGGGAUGUUGCAACUGCCAAGAAAGAGCUCCGCCUGCAUCUGCGUGAACACGUGGUCUGGGAACGUAACACCGUGUGGCGCGAGAUGAUUGGAAUUGAAAGGAAAGCCCAAGCUGCGAACUUGGGAAUCAGGCAGACAAUACUAGGCCGCGACACGGAUCCUAAAGGCAGGCUGCAGGGCGACGAUGCCGAAGUUGCAAUGAAGGAGAUCUCAACGCCGGUAGGGCGCUAUACUUGCCCGAGAUGGCUACUCAGCUCGACCUUCUACACCAUCAUCGGCAUUAUCGCAUUGUUUGCCGUCCUUCUUCUAUUCCCUAUCAUGGAGGAGCCGGAGCAACAGAAUUGUCUGGCGCUGGUUGUAUUCGUCAGCUUGCUGUGGGCUACGGAAGCAAUCCCGCUCUUCGUUACCUCAUUGCUCGUUCCCUUCCUCGUGGUCGUCCUGCGCGUGGUCCGUACGGAUGCGAAGCCGCACGACCGCCUGGAGUCGAAGGCCGCUGCAAGCUAUAUUUUUUCCGCGAUGUGGACUCCCGUUAUCAUGCUUCUCCUCGGCGGUUUUACCAUCGCUGCGGCGUUGUCCAAGUAUAACAUCGCCAAGAUGAUGGCAACUCUCGUUCUCAGUAAGGCCGGGACGAGACCCAGGACCGUCCUGCUUACGAGCAUGUUCGUGGCCAUGUUCGCAAGUAUGUGGAUCAGCAACGUUGCCGCACCGGUCCUGUGCUUUUCCAUCAUCCAACCUAUUCUACGCAACCUCCCUGCGGACUCGAACAUGACGAAAGCCCUUCUUCUUGGUAUUGCGCUUUCCUCCAACAUCGGCGGUGCGGCUUCGCCUAUCGCGUCGCCGCAGAACCUGAUCGCCUUGCAGAACAUGUCGCCACAACCUGGUUGGGGCGUCUGGUUCUUCAUUGCGCUCCCGGUCUGCAUUCUCAGCAUCCUCUUGAUCUGGGUCCUUCUGUUGGUCACUUUCCAGCCAGGCAAGGGCACGACCAUAGUCCCCAUUCGUCGCAUGAAGGACAAGUUUACCGGAAUCCAGUGGUUCAUCAGCGCCGUUACCGUCCUCACCAUCGUGCUCUGGUGCGUGAGCCACCAGCUGGAGCCCAUCUUCGGCGACAUGGGCGUGGUCGCCAUCAUCCCCAUCGUCCUUUUCUUCGGUACUGGCAUUCUCACCAAGGAAGACUUUAACAACUUCCUCUGGACCAUCAUCAUCCUGGCCGCCGGCGGCCUCGCGCUCGGUAAGGCUGUCAACAGCUCCGGCCUUCUCCACACCAUCGCGAACAGCAUCACGAAGGGCGUCGAAGGAAUGAGCUUGUACGGCGUGCUUGUCGUGUUCGCCGGUCUCAUUCUGAUCGUCGCUACCUUCAUCAGCCACACGGUUGCGGCGCUGAUCGUGUUGCCGCUCGUUAAGGAGGUUGGUCAGGGUAUGGCAGAGCCGCACCCGAACUUGUUGGUCAUGGGCAGCGUGCUGAUGUGCUCGGCGGCAAUGGGAUUGCCGACGAGCGGUUUCCCGAAUAUGACGGCUAUCAUGAUGGAGUCGGAGACGGGUCAACGUUACCUCCAGGUCAAGCACUUCAUCACGAGAGGUGUCCCCGCAUCGAUCCUCGCGUUUAUCAUUGUUAUCACGGUGGGAUACGGUUUGAUGCUGGCAGUCGGCUUCUAG